CAAGAGGGCGAAUCAUCGCAGCUUUGGCGGAAGGCUUGGUCAGCGAUUGUGGCGAGCAGCAAGACGAUCGAGGUCAAAGGGCGGGAGUUCUUGCCUUGGGCGAUUCAAUGGCCGCGAUUGCUCGUUCUUGGUAGCUCUCUCUGGCAACACUGGCACUAGCAUUUCUUCGUACAUCUUUUCACUGUGGCUUUGGCGGUGUUCGCUACGAAACAUAUGGGACCUCGCACGGAUCUCCACAAAAACUUUAGAGCAGGAGUGAUGUGAAAGCAUCUUCUUCGAUCACUGCUCACUUUUCUCCAGGCGAUAAACAAUUGUGUGUCACACGAUGCGGGACGAAGAUCCCGAUCAAGCCACCAAGGUGGUGAUCGAGAUGGCCAACGACGAUGGAGUUUCAGUGUCUAGCGAUCGUCCUCUCCAUCGCACCGAGUCCAUUGCUUCGGGUGGAGGCGAGAAGAGAUCCACUGUGGUCACGGCCAUCAAAGUUAAGACUGCUUUCACUCGUCUCGCCAGCACUGUCAGGAAUCACAACUCUCCAAAGGCCACCAAGUUUGAUCGAGCGAAGCAAGCAAAGUUUUCCAGGACAAAGUCCAAUGCCCUCCAGGGACUUCGUUUCCUUACCGGGAAGAACAAGAAGAAAGUGUCGUGGCUCGACAUCGAAAGGAGAUUCACGGUGCUUGCAGUGGAUGGAAGCCUUUCUCGUGAAAAAUUCGGUGAAUGCAUAGGAAUGGAGACCUCGGAAUUUGCUCAAGCGCUCUUCGAUGCGCUCGUCUCCAGCAAGAAACUCGAGAACCAGAAAAGCAUUUCCAAAGAAGUUCUUCACGCCUUCUGGCUGCAAAUGAGCGACGAUAGCUUCGACUCUCGUAUGCAAAUUUUCUUCCAGAUGUUCGACAGAAACGCAGACGGACAUAUAUCAGAAGAAGAAGUCAAAGAGAUUAUCAUGCUUAGUGCGGCAACCAACAAGCUUGCCAAGCUCAAGGCACAAGCCGACGAGUUCGCCGCGUUAAUUAUGGAAGAGUUGGAUCCUGACAAGAAUGGCUUCAUUGAGCUUUCGCAGCUCGAAGCUUUGAUGAGAGUUCCGGAGCCAGCGCAUGCCAAAGACUCUUUCCUCAACUACAGCACAACCAUCUCUCGGAAUCUCGUCGCCGUCAAGCGGAAAAAGCACACUCCACUUCUCUCCUUUUGGAAAGAUUCGAAGUUCUACCUCUCCGAGAACUGGAGGUACCUCAUGUUCUUCGGACUUUGGAUUGCGACCAUGGCGGGAUUGUUCGCGUGGAAGUUUUUCGUGUACAAGCAGCGAGCAGCUUUUGAAGUCAUGGGAUAUUGUCUGUGCGUCGCAAAAGGUGCUGCCGAGACUCUCAAGCUCAACAUGGCACUCGUGCUUUUCCCGGUCUGUAGAAACACCAUCACCUGGUUUCGUUCGACCUUCGUCGGCAACAUCGUCCCUUUCAACGACAACCUCAAGUUUCAUAUGAUGAUUGCGUCUGGUGUUGCAAUUGGAACUGUGAUUCACGCUGGAGUCCACUUGGCCUGCGACUUCCCGAGAAUUACUAGCUCGUCUGACGAGCUCUUCAUGCGCACCCUCGGCAAAAGUUUUCACUACAAGAGACAAACGUACGUUGAUCUGCUAAAGUCAGUGGCUGGGGUUACUGGGAUCGCGAGCGUGCUGCUCAUGGCUUUUAUAUUCCUGCUAGCGACGCCAUGGUUCAGGCGAGGCCAGGUAAAGCCACUGUGGCCUUUGCACAGGCUAAGCGGAUUCAACGCCUUUUGGUACUCGCACCAUUUGUUUAUCUUUGUCUACGUCCUGCUCAUUGUCCACUCGCUCUUCAUUUAUUUGGCACAUGGAUGGUGGCAGAAAACGACUUGGAUGUAUGUCGCGAUUCCAGUGGCUUUAUAUGCCUCCGAGCGAUUGGUACGAGCCAUCCGUGCGGGAUUGUAUACAGUUCGUGUAGUCAAGGCUGCUGUUUAUCCUGGAAAUGUCUUGGCUUUGUACAUACAAAAGCCUCGCGGUUUUAAGUACAAGAGUGGCAUGUAUCUCUUCCUCAAGUGCCCGGCCAUCUCGCAUCUUCAAUGGCAUCCUUUUUCGAUCACUUCUGCUCCAAGUGAUGACUACUUGAGCAUCCAUAUAAGAAGUGCCGGGGACUGGACCUCCAAAAUGAAGAAAAUCUUCUCAGAGGUUUGCCACAAACCCGAAGUUGGCAAAAGUGGCCUGCUCAGAGCUGAGUAUGUGGAUCAUGAUCUGGAGUUCCAGUCACAACCAAGGUUUCCAAAGCUACGAAUUGAUGGUCCCUAUGGUGCUCCAGCACAAGAUUACAUGAAGUAUGAUGUGCUGCUGCUCGUUGGUCUUGGCAUUGGAGCAACACCUUUCGUAAGUAUUCUGAGAGACAUCUUGAAUCACGUCAACAGGGAUGUGGAAAACAAUGGGAAGAAGAGCGGUCCUACAAAAGUUUACUUCUACUGGGUGACUAGAGAGCAGGGAUCUUUCGAAUGGUUUAAAGGUGUCAUGAACGAGAUUGCAGAGAUGGAUCACAAGAGAGUUAUCGAGAUGCACAACUAUCUCACGAGUGUGUACGAGGAGGGCGACGCUCGAUCGGCACUGAUCACCAUGAUCCAGGCUUUGAACCUCGCCAAAAACGGAGUGGACAUCCUGUCUGGGACUCGGGUAAGAACACAUUUUGCGAGACCAAACUGGAAGACGGUGUUUUCACGGCUCUCAGCAGUUCACAGGCAUGCUAACAUCGGCGUAUUUUACUGUGGUGCCCCAGGAGUGGCGAAAGAAUUGGACGCACUGUCGCGAGAGUACACGCACCAGAACUCAACCACCUUCGAUUUUCACAAGGAAAACUUCUAAGAAAAAAUUUCUCCUUGCGAGGAAAUAUCUUGCGCUCGAGCUCUGCUCUCAAUGUACAAAGGAGAGAGAAAGGGAAAAAUUAGGCGCUUAUAGCUAGAGCUUAAUGUUUCCGUACAGAAUAUCGGAAAAUGCGAUGCUCUUGUGCUGGGCCAUAUUUGGCCAUGCUCGUA